UGUACACGUUAGAUCGUCAAAAUGGCUAAGAAAAAAGGCGAUGAAAAAGCGAAUCCAGCUCCUCAAAGUGACAAUGAGGAACAGAACUUUGAAGAAGAACCUGAUUUUGACGACCCAGAGGAUUUCGUAGAGAUUCCUGAAGAAGAAUUAUUGGCGGAUAUUUUAGAACAGAAGCCUAAGGAAUCUGACGGUUAUGAAAACGUUGUAGUCGUAGACGGGUGUCCGCAGGUCGGCCCCGAGCGUCUUGAGAAACUACAGAGCGUUAUAAACAAAAUAUUUAGUAAAUUCGGUAAAAUAGUCAACGAAUACUACCCCACGACCGAGAAUGGACUCACGACUGGGUACAUUUUCCUGGAAUACAGUAACCCACAGAAUGCCGCCGAAGCCGUGAAAGCGACGAACAACUGUAAAUUAGAUAAACAACACACAUUUUUAGUGAAUCUUUUCACGGACUUUCAAAAGUAUUCAGAUAUUCCUAAAGAAUGGGAGCCACCGGCACCUCAACCAUUCAAGGUGCAGUCAGAUCUGCAAUGGUAUUUAAUGGAUCCUGAUGCAUAUGACCAGUUCCUUGUUGGCAUUGGGACUGGUGUGGCUCUCCAGGUGUGGCAGAAUGCAUUACCUGAACCCCUGCUGUUACAGGAGAGACCAAACUGGACCGAAACCUAUGCCGUCUGGUCACCUUUAGGAACAUACUUAGCAACUUUCCACUGGCGAGGUGUAGCACUAUGGGCUGGUCCAAAGUUCUCACAAUUCCAGAAGUUUUUCCACCCUGAAGCUAGGUUUAUAUCAUUUUCCCCAUGUGAGAACUACAUUGUGACGUUUUCACCUAGCGGUGACAGAGGAGAUGACAAGAAAUUGAUUAUUUGGGAUAUUAGAACUGGUCAAGAGAAACGUAGCUUCCCGCCUCCUGAUGAGUAUGUUACCUGGCCUAUUUUCCGUUGGAGUAAAGAUGACAGGUUCUUCGCUAGAAUUGGAGCUGAUGUUCUCUCCGUAUAUGAGACUCCAGGUUUUGGGUUACUUGAUAAGAAAUCAAUCAAAAUACCCGGAAUUAGAGAUUUCAGCUGGUCUCCAUCAGAUAAUACUCUAGCCUACUGGGUAGCUGAAGACAAGGAUGUUCCUGCCAGAGUAACACUCUUGGAAAUCCCCAAUCGUACUGAAGUUCGUUCCAAGAACUUGUUUUCGGUGGCUGACUGUAAAAUUCAUUGGCAGAAGAGCGGAGACUACUUGUGCGUAAAAGUAGAUCGUUACUCUAAAGUGAAGAAAGAUAAGAUUGAUAUUAAAUACUCUGGAAUGUAUUAUAAUUUCGAGAUCUUCCAUAUGAGGGAAAAGGAAAUUCCUGUAGAUUCCGUCGAGAUCAAGGAACCUAUCCAGGCUUUUGCUUGGGAGCCAGUUGGGUCAAAGUUCUCUAUUAUUCACGGUGACCCAGCAAACAUCAGUAUCAGCUUCUAUCAAGUAAAUACUGGCCAAGCACCUACAUUGCUCAAGAAGUUCGAGAGGAAGCCAUUCAACCAUCUUUUCUGGUCACCAUCUGGGCAGUUCAUUGUCCUGGCCAACCUUGGACUGACUGGUGGUGCAUUGGAGUUCUUGGACACAAAUGACUUUACCAUUAUGAAUGUGGCUGAUCAUUAUCAGAUGUCUGGUAUCGAAUGGGAUCCAACAGGACGCUAUGUAGUGACAGGUGUGUCUUCGCUCAAAUGUAAAAUGGAUUGCGGCUAUUACAUCUGGUCAUUCCAGGGCAAGAUACUCAGGAGAGUGAUGAAGGAAGGGUUCGCGCAGUUCCACUGGAGGCCCCGUCCACCGACACUGCUCUCUGAGAAGCAACAGAAAGAGAUCAAGAAGAAUCUUAAGAAAUACUACUCGCAAUUCGAGUCUAAAGAUCGUAUGCGCAGUAGCAAAGCCAGCAAGGAAUUGGUGGCUAAGCGUACUGAGCAGAUGAAGAAGUUCACGGAGUACCGUGAGUCUAAGAUCCAGGAAUGGAACGAGCAGAAGCCGCGCCGGCUCGAACUUAGAGAUUACGUAGACACAGACGGUCUUGACACGGAUGCGGUGAAUACAGUCGAAGAGGUUAUUGAAUUUUUCGUGAAAGAGGAACAAACCGUCAUCGAGUAGUCGCUAUACGCAACGCACGUUUGAGGUCGGAGUCAAGAGGCUGCGACCUCCCCGGGAACCGGACAACACCGGAUUUUUUAAAUAAUUGAACAUACAUUUUAAACUCGUCAACUGAUCAUCAGCAUUUGUUUCUGUCUUGAACCGUCACAAACGAAAUAAUUCCAUAAUGUUCAUUGUAAUGUCUCCGUUUAUCGAAAUAGUUAAUGUUUUUAGAAUUCAUAUUAAAUUCAAAUGUUACAAAUGG